AUCUUGACAGAUGGAAUAGUUAUUGUGUAAAUAAUCUGUAUUCUAUAAAAACAACCUAUACUCUUCGGCAGCUAACAUUUUAAAUUUGGUGCACGAAAGUGAAAGUUCUCUAAAAAUGGCUGCGAAAUUAUUAACUUUACUCAUUUCCGCUUUUCUAUUACUGUCUUUGCUCAGUAACAAUAUCAAUGUGAAUGCAGCAGAGACAAAAACUGGUGUCGAAGAUGAUUUGGGUUUAGACCAUUUAAAUGAUAAAGCAAAUGAAGCUCUCGCAGAUCCAAUUGAUGAGCAAGAAAGCAAAAAUGUCAGCGAUAAAACAGUCGAUGAAAAGGAUGACGUAGAGGUAGAGAAUAAGAACAAAGAUGAAGAAGAAACCGCCAAAGAGUUGAGUGCAAACGAAGGUGAUGGAGUUGGCGAAGAAUCGGACCAAGCUGUAAAUAAAGAAGAUGUCGAUAACUCUCAAGAUAAGAGAGGAAAAAAAGGCGGCGGUCGUAGACGAAGACGUAAUAACUUGAGAAACCGUGGAACAAAUCCAGGAACUGCCGAAGCCAGUCUCCAAGAACUUCCUGUGUCCGAAAAUGAGCAAGAAGAAGAAGAGGACAUUGAAAUAGAACCAACAACAGAGAAUAUCGAAGAUUCACAGACUGCUACUAAAACUGUAAUACAGAAAUCGAAAACCAAUAAACGGGGUUCAAAAGGAAGUAAAAACCAGAAAAAGCGUGGAACGGCUUUUAAGAAACCGAAUGCCGCGAAACUUAAAGCACGACCUGCGCGAAGACAGCAAGCAAAAUCUGCAAAACGAAGUACUAAAAAAUUCAUGAGCAAUGGAAAACAGUUUCCGAAAAACAACAAAGGUAAAGCGGCGAGCAGUAAAAGCCAGCGACAGAAGGGACGCGGUGGACGAAGAUCAAAGUUCGGAAAGAGGAACUAAAAGAAAUUAUUGAAAUUUGUUUUUUAAUAUCUAAUUAGAUUUAUGUAAAUAUUGUAUGAAGAAGGUUGUUUAAAUAAAUAUAUAGUUUGUUGUUUUAGUUGCUUGAUCUAACUUUUGUGUGAGUAUCAAUUAACUUUUCGGAAGUCUCUAAAAAUUCAGCAAAAAAUUAAUAAAUUGAACUCAGGCUAAAUUGUCAACGUCUUCAUUGACCAGUAGA